AAUUAACAAAAUAUAUAUUCAAGAAAAAAAAAAUUGAACAAAAACAGUGUCAAAGAAAAAAAAAGAGAAUAAUAAACAUUGAAACACUGAUGGACCUGUAAACAAAAGAGAAAAAAGAGAUUAAUUGAUGUAAUGAAAAGUGAGAAAAAACAAACACUCACUUACCUCUCUUCCGUUAUAAAAAAUGUCUAUCAUAUUUACACCUAGUUUUCAAAUGAAAUGUAUUUCUUAUGUGAAUUCAAUUGUCAGUGCAUUAUUACUUUAUUUUGAUUGCUUACCUUAAAAAUGUUUUUAUUGUCAUGUUUUUCUUUUUCCCUAUGUCCACCUAAAAGUAAUACUUAGAAAAACUUACCUUUACGUAAAACACUGUUUGAAAUUUACACUGUAUCCAUAUAUGUGAGUGAAUACUCGACAAGGUAUUACAAAUUACACAUCACAGUAGACACUUAACACACUUUACACAUUUGUACCAACAAAUUUACACGUAUUUUGAAAAAAAAACCAAAAAAAAACAAAAGAAAAAAAUUAACAAAAUAAACAAAAUAAACAGACAAAGAACAAAAAAAAGAAAAAAUACCACAAAAAAAAAAAAAAAACAACAAAAACAAAAAAAAAAAAAAGAAACAACAAACAAACAAAAAAAAAACAAAAAACAAAACACAACAAACACUAACACACUGUUUCACUUGAUUCGUUUCCUAACUAACAACUUUUCUGUUUUCGUUCUUGACGCAAAUGCGUCAUUGUUCCAUUUACACUACGCGUAUAGCAGCGCCACCGCUAGCUGCCACACCCAACGCGAAAGAUAUAUAUUUUAUUUUCCUUUCCUUGCUGUAGCUUUUCCCAAUGUUCCAACGUUGAAAAUAUUCUAAGUCCCUUUUUCGCCGUCGGCAAUCUAUUCCGUUUUAUCUUCUUUUUAUUUCCCCCCGUUUUCCUCCCAUUCGCACUUUCCCCAUGUAUUGGACUUGCGCGUGACCUUGACAGCGCCGCGCAUUUAGAGUUACAUUUUUAACUGUUUUAUUUCUUAUCCGCGUUUCUAUAUGAGUAAAAUUUUCGUAAUUCUUUCUUUUCUAUAAUUAAGAUCUUUUUCUCUUCUUUCUGACGACACCAAAUUUGCCCCAAAUUGUUGCUCCCUUCCAGUAGAAAACUCUGUUAAAUUGAAAGUCCCUAUUUCCCCUAUCUCUGUUGCCGUGUCACCGUUAAAGUAUAGCCGACGGAAUGUCUUUUACCCUUUUUAAAUCCAUUAGAAUAUUUUCACUUUUCUUCCCCACAUUUUUACCUUUUCUUUUAUUGUUCCCAUUUACUUAGUUUUAAGAAACCCACAUGAUAAAGUAGAAUACUUGGCCAUAAGAAUGUUUCCAUUUUUAUAUUUCCCUGUGUUGUUUUCCGUAUGUUUCGUCUGUAGUAAUGUCGCCAAUGCCGUUACUAUUGCUACUGCUGUGUCUCUACCUACGCGCGCGCGCAUUUCAAACAACCGUAUGCGAUUGCGCCGAGCCUUUGAAUAUGGGAAUUAUUCAAUUUCCUGAUGCUGACUGCAAGCCGAAAAUGAAUUCCACGAGUGCUGUUCCAGUGAGAUAUGCUGUCUACAGUGAUGAACGCGCCGCAGUGAAAUUUCCGGGUUUUAUUUGUGCCAAAUGGAGAAAUAUUCACCGCGUGACUAUGAACUUUUUCGGUCAAACAGUGAUUGUGCCUGAGAAAAUUCCUAUAGACACAACGGCUUCUGAGUGCUAUAAAAUGAUUAACACUAAAAAGUGUGAAGGAUAUGAAAUGACUCUUUCGGAUGAGAAGUAUGUAUUUUCGCAUGAACCUCGAUCUGAUGGGUACUGGAUGCGAACCGUCGAUUGGGAAACUCUGAAUUGUGUGCUUGAGCAAGUACAACUGUUUCAACAAAUGGAAGAUGAAGAUUUUCCAACGCCGAUCGGAAAAGCUUCUUCAACCGCUGGUACCUUGUCUCACAACCAUCUAACUUUGGUUUGGGAUACGACAUACACCCAUAAGGUUCAACACGAAUUACGUACAGUUGAAUCUGGAACCGGAAAUCUUAUGAUGAAAACGAUUAAUGAAAAAUAUUUCCGCCUCUUGGACGACGACCGUCAACUAGAUUUUCAUUUGACUCUUCAACCACCUUGCGACCCCAAUCAUCGAAGUUGCAACAACCGAACAACGACUUUUAAAAUCGUCGGCCAAUCAAAUUUAGUUUUGGUAACGUGGCCUUUCGUCGAUAAAUCUCUAUCACUCACCGCCGAGUCGGCGUCCAUCAAGGAGAAAGCCCAACCAAGCGUCUCUGUUGAAACCACCUCACCAUCUAGUGACCCCGAUUUGGAUAAAUUGGCCAAUAAACAAUAUAUUCAAGAUCGUGCUAUUGAUCGUGAUAAUGAAUUAGCGCGUAUGCUACAGACAAUUGAAUGUGAUGUUCGCAAAGCUAAAAAUGAACGAGCAAUUAUCACCGCCCAAUAUAAUGGUUGGCUCGCCGCUUCAUUAUUGAAAUUACCUCGGUGUGCAAAAUUGCAAGCUUUUGGACAAACCGCCGUAGUGAUUCAGUGUAAAGCUGUGAAUGCCACAUUUGAAACCAUAAUCACACCAUGUGGACCACAACCGAAAUUUAACAAUUAUACCAUUAAUCUCGAUGGCUGGGAAUUAGUGAAAUUUUCCCCAUGCUAUUGGACAAAUGGUUUCGUCAAUUUCAACGAUAAACCUUACGCCUUCCGCAACAACACUUGGAAAAGGAUCGACCCGAAUAUUGUACCGCCGGAGCGUACAUUGGCUCAUUCCUUCCGCUAUGAAGACGUGAAAGCCUUCGACUAUGACCAUCGCAGCAAUCCAGCUUAUAACGAUAAUUUACUCAACCACAUGAACGUUGUAGCUGACAUCGUAGCCGCCAUGAAUGAACAAUCACCUGCUGAUUUCCCAUCGAAUCAUCGUCCUCAUGCAGCUGAUGUUCUACUGACAGCAGCAGGAGUCGAGAGAUAUACCAGCUGGUGGGAGGUCAUCAUAAUCUCCUUGGUCAUCACCGUCAUUUCCAUCCUUGUCCUCAUCGUCUUACGCAUUUGCUGCUGUCUUGGCCUCUUCGGUAUUUGCUGUCCUCCAAUUAAAGAAGUUAAAACUUCUUAUCACCAACAUGAAGUCUGAUUACGGGACGUAAUCUUACGCAGCCCGGAGCGAUGUAACGAAGGCCUACAAAUAUAUUUACUCAACAUGCCCACAUUUUAUGAUCUUAUGUUACUCCCUUCUUCAUUUAUGAUAUCCACCUUUCUUCUUAUGUUAACGUCUACAAUUGCAACAUAUUUACAUGUUUUACUUCCUUGAAACGUUGUUUGUCAAUUCGGAGAUGAAGUCAUCGACGCUUUUAGCUGACCUCGAUGAACACCUGCAACUGAUGCGCAUAUCGCACAAUAAAUAAACAAUCAGUUGAUUGGU